GGGAGUGACAGAGAGAGGCGGUGGAGCCAGGAUGGCGGCGAAUGCCAAUGUUGAGAACCUCCCUCCGCAUGUCAUCCGGCAGGUGUGGAAGGAGGUGUCCACUCUGUCUGCGGAGCCGCCAGAGGGAAUCAAGAUUUUCACCAAUGAGGAGGACAUCACAGACCUACAGGCAACCAUCGAGGGGCCAGAUGGGACACCAUAUGCAGGAGGCCUUUUCCGGAUGAAGCUGGUGCUGGGCAAGGACUUCCCUGCCCGGCCUCCUAAGGCUUUCUUUAUCACCCGCAUCUUCCACCCCAACGUCAGCCCCAGUGGAGAGAUCUGCGUCAAUGUUCUGCAGCGGGACUGGAGGCCGGAGCUGGGAAUUCGUCAUGUGCUGCUGACCAUCAAGUGCCUGCUGAUCCAGCCGAACCCGGAGUCAGCCCUCAACGAGGAAGCAGGUCGCCUGCUGCUGGAGGAAUACAGCGAGUACGCAUCGCGUGCCCGCCUGCUGACAGAGAUUCACGCCCGCGCCCGUGAUAAUGACCCCUCCCCUCCGCCAUCUUCCUCAUCCACUUCGCCCCAGCCCCGCCCCCCUGAUGGGCCCCUCCCCAAAAAGCACGCCGGCGACAAGAAGCCCCCCAAGAAGAAGGGUGAGAAGAAGCGGGCACUCCGUCGGCUCUAGAAUCUGCCCUUCCCCCCUCCCUCCACCCCUACGGGUCACCAGGCACUAAGGUAAUCCUCACUCCAUUGGGCACUAGGACCCUGCACCACUUCUCCCAGUGACUGGCUACUGUGCACUAGGACCCUGCGGCACCCCUUCAAGUGAAUAUUGGAUAUCAGCUGGGCGGACCCUGUGGCAGCUCUUUUCCAACGACUAAGGCACUUGAUGCAGCCCAGGAACCUGCAUCACCCCCAGCAACUACAAGUACUGAAUGCAGGGCACUGGGACCCAGGAGCACCCCUUCCUGCAGAUACUGGCUCUAAUUUCUGGACUCUAGGACCGUGCAGCAUCCUACCAGUGGCUAUAGGCUCCAGCUGCUGAGUUCUAGGACCCUGCAGCACACCAUUCCUGAUGAGCCUGGGCUUCCGUUUGACCCACAGGGGGAGCUGGAGCAGAAGAUGUGGUUGCCUCAUUUGCUUUUGUAACAAAAAGAAAAGGAAGAGGAAAAAAACACAAAUUUCCCACCCCGCCCCUCUGGUUCCUCUCCCACCCACCCAGAGUUGAAAGGUCUGACCACUCUACAUAAGUUAUUGCAGAUGUUCUCCCGCCCCAGCACACUCAUCCCUGUCCUGGGCAUCCCAACUCACUCCCCACACUCACAAUUUCAUUUGUGCUCUGACCAAGUCCUGGAUGUGCGUGUGUCCCCUCUCGCCAUCUCUUGCAUUUCACUAUUCAUGCUCAACUUUCUUCUCCUCUUCCCUUUUACCAACCCUCACCAUCCUACAUCCUCCAACCCCACCUCACUCUCUCUCCCCUCUCCCUUCCUUCCCUCUCUGACUCACUCCUUUGUGCCCAGGACAGUCUGGAGGGGGCUUCACUCUGCUUCUAACCCCAGGAGUGUGUGGAGGGAGCUUCACUGUGUCUGACCCUGGGAUGAUGUGGAGGGAGCUUCACUGUGUCUGACCCAGGGAUGGUGUGGAGGGGACUUCACUGUGCCUGACCCCAGGAAGAUGUAGAGGGAGCUUCACUGUGUCUGACUCCAGGAUGGUGUGGAGGGGACUUCACUGUGCUAACCCCGGGAGUGUGUGGAGGGGACUUCACUGUGUCUGACCCCGGGACGGUGUGGAGGGAGCUUCACUGUGCCUGACCCCGGGACGGAGUAGAGGGAGCUUCACUGUGUCUGACCCCGGGAGUGUGUGGAGGGAGCUUCACUGUGCUUCUAACCCCGGGAGUGUGUGGAGGGAGCUUCACUGUGCCUGACCCCGGGAUGGUGUAGAGGGAGCUUCACUGUGUCUGACCCCUGGAGUGUGUGGAGGGAGCUUCACUGUGUCUGACCCCGGGACGGUGUGGAGGGAGCUUCACUGUGUCUGACUCCGGGACGGAGUAGAGGGAGCUUCACUGUGUCUGACCCCGGGAGUGUGUGGAGGGAGCUUCACUCUGCUUCUAACCCCGGGAGUGUGUGGAGGGGACUUCACUGUGUCUGACCCCGGGAUGCUGUGGAGGGGACUUCACUGUGUCUGACCCCGGGAGUGUGUGGAGGGAGCUUUACUGUGUCUGACCCCGGGAUGGUGUGGAGGGAGCUUCACUGUGUCUGACCCUGGGAUGGUGUAGAGGGAGCUUCACUGUGUCUGACCCAGGGACGGUGUGGAGGGGACUUCACUGUGUCUGACCCCGGGAUGCUGUGGAGGGGACUUCACUGUGUCUGACCCCGGGAUGGUGUGGAGGGGACUUCACUGUGUCUGACCCCAGGAUGGUGUAGAGGGAGCUUCACUGUGUCUGACCCCGGGAUGGUGUAGAGGGAGCUUCACUGUGUCUGACCCCGGGACGGUGUGGAGGGAGCUUCACUGUGUCUGACCCCGGGACGGUGUGGAGGGAGCUUCACUGUGUCUGACCCAGGGAUGGUGUAGAGGGAGCUUCACUGUGCCUGACCCCGGGAAGGUGUAGAGGGAGCUUCACUGUGCCUGACCCAGGGAUGGUGUAGAGGGAGCUUCACUGUGUCUGACCCCGGGAUGGUGUGGAGGGAGCUUCACUGUGUCUGACCCCGGGAUGGUGUAGAGGGAGCUUCACUGUGCCUGACCCAGGGAUGGUGUAGAGGGAGCUUCACUGUGUCUGACCCCGGGAUGGUGUAGAGGGAGCUUCACUGUGCCUGACCCAGGGAUGGUGUAGAGGGAGCUUCACUGUGCCUGACCCCGGGAUGGUGUGGAGGGAGCUUCACUGUGUCUGACCCCGGGAUGGUGUGGAGGGAGCUUCACUGUGUCUGACCCCGGGAUGGUGUAGAGGGAGCUUCACUGUGCCUGACCCAGGGAUGGUGUAGAGGGAGCUUCACUGUGCCUGACCCAGGGAUGGUGUGGAGGGGACUUCACUGUGUCUGACCCCGGGACGGUGUAGAGGGAGCUUCACUGUGUCUGACCCAGGGACGGUGUGGAGGGAGCUUCACUGUGCCUGACCCAGGGACGGUGUAGAGGGAGCUUCACUGUGCCUGACUCUGGGAUGGUGUAGAGGGAGCUUCACUGUGCCUGACCCUGGGAUACAGAGACAUUUCCCCAGUGACCAGGUCCCUUCUCAUCUCAGGUUCUGGUUUGUUCUCAUUCCGCGUCCCUAGUCAGGUACUGUGUUCCGAGAUAACAGCCUCCCGGAGGGGCAGUUCUAUGGUGAGGUUCUUCCUCAUGCCCGACUCCCCAUCUACACCUGUAAAUAAAGAAAUGGAUACAUUCUGUUUAUAUUAAACAUUAUCUGCUGCAAGACGUUUUUGUCUGUGUGGU